AAUUUGAACGUGCUCUUCAACCCUCAAAUGCCAAAACAAACACACCUAAUGGUUUACUCUUAAAAAUUGUAAAAUGAAUGAUGAACGAUUGAAUGUGGUUCCACGCGAAAAUCGUGGCUCGCAUGUUUCUGUCUGCACAUCAACCAAAGCCUCUAUUGUUCAAACUAGCACUCCUGCCUCACUUGCAUUCCUUUACUUCCCGCUGUUACUUCCUCUCCCAAGCCUCUUUACCAUGCCGUUCCAUUUCUUCAUAUCGUGACCCUCUUGUUACUUUCUUACUCGAUGCUCUGAAAUGUUCAUCCUCUGUCUCUUGCUGCAGGGUCAUCCAUGCCCGUGUAAUCAAAUCGCUGAAUUUCAGAGAUGGGUUUAUCGGUGAUCAACUGGUAUCAAGUUACCUCAACAUGGGCUUGAUCCAUGACGCAGAGAAGCUGUUCGACGAAAUGGCCAACAAGGAUUUUGUGUCGUGGAACUCCUUGGUUUCUGGGUUUUCGAAAAUGGGCCACCUUGGCAGGUGCAUCAGUUUGUUUUCCAUGAUAAAAUCUGAGUAUGGAUUGGAAUUGAAUGAGCUUACACUACUAUCUAUUAUCUCGGUUUGUGCUUCUGCUCAGGCUAGGGAUGAAGGUCAGUAUCUUCAUUGUUGUGCAUUGAAGUUGGGUAUGCUGGCUGAGGUGAAGGUUGCUAAUUCUCUUAUUAAUAUGUAUGGAAAGUUUGGUUGCGUUGACUGUGCUUUCAGGUUGUUUCAGGCUAUGUCAGAGCCAAAUAUGAUAUCGUGGAAUUCGGUCGUUGCUUCCUGCACCCAAAAUGGAAUCCCCAUUGAAGCUAUUAACUAUUUUAAUAUGAUGAGGAUGAAUGGAUUUUUUCCUGAUGAGGCCACAAUGGUGAGUUUGCUUCAAGCCUGUGAAUUUUUGCCUUUAGGAAUGUUGAUAGAGGCCUUACACAGUGUAAUCUUCACCUGCGGUCUUGAUUCAAAUGUGACAAUUGUUACCACACUUUUGAACUUGUAUUCAAAGUUAGGGAGAUUGGAUGCUUCUAGAAAGGUCUAUGCUGAGAUAUCUAAACCUGAUAAAGUGGCAUGGUCUGCAAUGAUUGCAGGCUAUGCCAUCCAUGGGUGUGGGAAAGAAGCAAUAGAGUUCUUUGAAAGGACUGUAAUGGCAGGUAUGAAGCCUGAUCAUGUUACUUUUACUCAUUUGUUAAGUGCUUGUAGCCAUUCAGGGCUUGUCAAGGAAGGAAAAUACUAUUUCCGAAUUAUGUCUGAUGUUUAUGGGGUUCAACCCCGAUUGGAUCACUAUUCAUGUAUGGUUGAUCUUCUUGGGCGCUGUGGUCUUCUUAGUGAUGCUCGUAACCUGAUUAUGCACAUGCCAUUACAACCAAAUUCUGCAGUCUGGGGUGCCCUUCUCAGUGCUUGUCGUGUUUAUGGUAACAUUGAUCUUGGGAAGGAAGCUGCAGAGAAUUUGAUUGCCUUAGAUCCGUAUGACCCUAGAAACUAUAUUAUGCUUUCCAACAUAUAUUCUGCUUCAGGCCUAUGGAGUGAAGCGUCAAAACUGAGGACCUUGAUGAAGAGAAAUGUUCUAACUAAAAACCCUGGAUGCAGCUUUAUCGAGCAUGGGAAUAAAAUCCACCGGUUUAUGGUGGAUGACUAUUCUCACCCUGAUUCAGACAAAAUACAUAAGAAGCUUGAAGAACUUAUAAGAAAAAUUCAAGAGGUUGGCUUUGUGUCUGAAACUGAAUCCAUUCUCCAUGAUGUUGAUGAGGAGGUCAAAAUAAAUAUGGUCAACAAGCACAGUGAGAAGAUAGCUCUUGCAUAUGGACUUUUGGUUACUAACGCUGAUAAGCCACUAGUUAUAAUAAAGAACCUUAGAAUUUGCCGUGAUUGUCAUACCACUGUGAAAUUUGUCUCUCAGAUUGAGAAGCGUGUUAUCAUUAUUCGAGAUUCAAAGCGAUUUCAUCACUUUUCAGAUGGAUUAUGUUCUUGUGGUGAUUACUGGUAGUGGUCUCCGGAAUUUGCUGUGAUUGUCACACCACUGAGAAAUUUGUCUCGCAGGUUGAUAAGUGUGUUAUCAUUAUUUGAGAUUCAAAGAGGUUUCACCACUUUUCAGAUGGAUUAUGUUCUGUGGUGAUUAGUGGUAGUGGUCUCCGUUGAAUCUGGCAUCAUUCAAAUUAUUCUUGGUCGCUAAAGCCCAUGUGUUCCAAGUUGAAUGAAGGAAGACCUCUUAGCUGCUCAGUCUCGUGGAACUGAUUUGCUGCAACAUGGAGAACAAUAACUUCAUCAAUAAUCAACUUCACUCAAGGAACCUCUAUUCAUUCUUUGCUGAGCUCCUAGUUCUAAGAGGUAUGGUGUGCUUUCAUCUUUCCUCUCUUUUUGGGGUUCUAAUUUCCGGAUGUUGGAAAUUGAGUAGAUUUUAAUGAUAUAUUCAUGUACAUAGGUAGUUGUAGUCUAUACAUAUAUUUGAAAAUAGCAAUCAAAUUGGUCCUCUAGUUUUCCCUCAAUGAUCAAAUUGGUCCAUUUUCUUAAACAUAUCAAGUUAUUUCCCAGUUUUUUACAACAUUAAAAAAGUUAGUCCCCUGUCAACAGACUGGUCAAUGACUUAAUGGAAAGCUGACCUCGGCUUGACUGGUCAAUUGAAGAAAGGUUUAACUUGAUUGACAGUUUAAAACUAGGGACUAUGUGAUCAGUAUAAACAUGGAGGGACUAAUUUUGAUUAUUAUGUCUUAUAUAUUUGAAUUUUUUGCUGUAACUAUUCUAUGGUUGUGACCAGUUCAAUUUGUCCAGUUUUUACCAGAAAAUCAGUUCAUAAUUUUUUAAAUAUAUUUUAUACAAAAUUACGGUUUAGAGAAAAGGACAAAUUGAUCUUUGACCUUUUUUUGUGAAGACACAUAAAUCUCUAACCAAAAUUAAAUAUUUAUGAGUUCUUGAACAUUGGAAAAAAUGAGACACAUAAAUCCUUCUGUUCACUAACAAAAAGACCUAUGUGUCUUUACAAAAAGGCUUAUGUAUCUCGUUUUUCAAUAGUCAAAGACUAAUUUUGUUAGGGAUUUAUGUGUUCUUGCAAGAAAUGGUUCAGGAUCUAUUUGUCAUUUUCUUAUUAUUUUAUUAUAUCCAAUUUAACUUUGUUGAACUUCGGUUGAACAUCUAAAUGUCUGAAUCUUGCUUCAAUCUUGGUAUCUGUAUCAUCUUCUAGAAGCUUUGUUCUUUACCCCAAUAUCGAUGUUCUAGCUUUGUCUUGUCAAUCCUACCCUUAUGGUUCAUCUUUUCCUGUUCGAGACUAGCAUUGUAGGGCUGUUAAUCAUCCUUCACCCAUCUAAGAAUUUUUUUUUCAUUCAACCUUGCUACCAAUAAAGAGUGGCCACUUUACUAUUUCAAAAGGUAUCAUCAACCAGUCAUGGAGUAACAGGACGUUUGAUAUAUGUGGUUGCAUAUUUUCAACCCGUCUUCCAACCACUGCACCAUCAUCAACCCUCUGUCACUGUUUACUGCCACCACAUCACUAUCAAUCCUCUGCGGCUGCGACACCCAUGAGCCCGUAUCUUCCACAGAUCACUUCUGAGGUUUAUGUGAGGUCAAGGUCAAGAAGCAAACCUGUCUAUUUGUUUCUUGAUAAAUAGCACAAGAUAUAAAGCAAACAUAACAAGUGAUUGAUUACUACAUAAUGGAUAUAACCUUGUUAGGUGUACACUAAAAAUCACCUACCCGUAUAAAGUAGAAGGUGGAAUACAAAAUACACAUUGAAAAUAGCUUAAAUUAUACAUGUACUCAUACACAAAUACACAAUAGUUGAUUUGAUGGCUGAUUUUUUGUGUGCACAUAGCAUUUUUGUAAUGGGCGUGUAAAUCUUUAGCCAUCGACAUGGAAUGAAAAUAUCAUUUUCCUUAAAA